AUGAAAUGGCUUUGGGGGGUAAGGGGUCCCAACCAUCAUCUCUCAGGACCCAAGUCAACCUCACCUGCUCGCGGUGCCCCCUGCCGAACAGCGAACGAGGCUCUGACGACCCACCAACACGCACUGGACCAGCGUGGUGGGUUAUGGUCCAACCCCUCUAUGGAAGAUAAAAGAUGGCGAGGCCCCGAGUGCCCGGCCACCCUGGCGAGACGGGCGUCAGUCGAC